CAGGUCCUCAGGAAAAGUCUUUAAAGUUGAAGCUGAACUUGAAAGUUGGUAUCGGCUCAGGUCAGGAGCCGUUGCCCAGUGCUUCUCCCUCCCAGGCUGAAGAGCGCAGACAUAAGCACAAAAAGAAGAAGAAAAAGAAGUCUGGCGACAGAGAGAGAGAUCGAUCAAAAUAUGUUGAAGAUGAGGUGCCGCUUAAACGUCCAUAUGAAGAUGAUGAAAGUGCUGAUGAUGAUGAAGAGGAUGAAGAGGACCUAGCGGUGAAUGAAAGAGAGGAGUCCAUGAAAUCCCAGAUAGACAGAGAAGAAUCUGAUGGCAAUAUUUCUCCGAAUCGAAAGCUGAGAGAACCCCGCUCUUGCACACUCAGAGAACACGAUAGAGCAAUUCUCAAACUAAUGCUAAAUUACCUGUUAAAAGUAUUGCAGAACAAAGAUGUCAAUGGCUUUUUUGCCUUUCCAGUCACUGACAGCAUCGCUCCUGGCUACUCUGCUAUUAUCCCUAACCCCAUGGACUUCAGCACAAUGGCCGCCAAAAUUGAAUCGGCCGAGUAUGUCAAUGUCAUGGAUUUCAAAAAAGACUUCAUGCUGAUGUGCAACAAUGCCAUGACCUACAACAGACCAGACACCAUCUAUUACAGAGAAGCCAAGAGGCUGCUCCACAUUGGGGUUCGACAGCUGAGUAAGGAAAAGUUACUCCAUCUGAAAAAGACACAAAGCUUUCUAGCCAGCAUAACAUUGCAGGAGCUUGGGUUCGACGAGAGCGGUCACGUAGUAGAGACCGUUGUCCAGCCGGUAGCAGAAGAAUCUAAAGAUAAGCCUAAGGAGGAGCCAAAGCCAGAAGUUGAACCCAUUAAGUUGGACACAGUAGCAGACGAUGAGAUGUCAGCAGAAGAAAUCCUUGCCCAGGCUCAAGAAGCAGCAGAGAAAGUCAAAAAUGAACUGACAACUCGCAAGCCUAAAACAGAUUUUGGGUUCCUGAGACUUGACGAUGAUGGGACUACAUCAAUGACUAUUUUAAAUCCAUGGAAUGAAGGCAUUGUGAGCUCCAAUCAGAAAGUGAUCAGCCUAGGAGACUACAUGGGCAAACUGCAGAGUGGGUCGGGGUCAUUGUUUAAAUUUAAAGAGGAUAAGAGGAAUAAAGUCUGCCCAGAAACAUACCUCUGCUACGGCCCAUUCAGCUCCCACGCUCCGACCUAUGAUUCAUCAUUUGCCACAUGCAGCAAAGAGGAAUCUGACUUACUGUUGAGCACAUAUGGAGGGGAGACAGGUGUACAAUACGCUAAAAGUGUUCAGAAAUUUGUGGAGUGUGCUGGGCUGAGUGCUGUGGAAAUGGUGGACAAGCUUCUGGACACACUGACCAAUGGCCAGCAUUCAAAAUCCAGAGUUCUUCUGGAGCAGCAGAAACAGUUGGAGGACGAGCAGGCAGAGAGAGCCUUGCAGGAUGAGAUGAUUGUCAGAGCUCAGAAGGCAGCAGAGGAAGCCGAGAGAGCUGCGGCCAAAGACUCUCUUCAACACAAGCUUAACGAGACAGCGGUGAUGCUCUCUGAGCUGACAGACACACAGCAUAAAAGGUUGAGUCAGGACCCACCCUCGCAUCUUGGUCUUAUUUCUUCUCCUUCCAAUAAAGAGGCUGAUUUAGCCAACAAAGUGACCAGUAACCUGAUGAACAUGGCCAAACAGGUCCAGCCCAGUGAUGUGGUCAGCUCUCAGGCCGUCAGGGCAGCCAUGGGCAUCACCAGUUACCAGGUGCCCAAGGACAAUUCUCAGGAAGCUUACAGACAUGCUCCUGGCUUGACCAGUACUGCUGCAGCUGCGGGGAGAAAUGUUGUGGUGUGCGAUGAUGAUUCUGAAGAUGAGGACAGCGGUGACAACAGCGAUAAUGAUGAUGACAGUUUGAAUGAGGACAUGGACUCGGAGGAUGAGGAGCAGGGAAAACAUGACGGGGCCUUCUGA